UCUGGAGCAGUUUGGGAAGCCACGAAGAAGAACAAGACAUGCGCAUCAAUGCGAACCGCUGUGAGGAAAUGAUGGCGUCCAGUUAGUGUGAAUAUUAGCCCAUUCAUACAAUUAGUUUGACUCAAACGCAUUUAUUUUAAGGGCGCACUAGAAGGGGUUUGUUGACACACAGUAAUUUAAAAUGGCUAACUCUGCCUGGUCAGAAAAAAUACACAAACUCCUCUGCCGAAUGAAUAACUUUUAUUUACCAGGCUCCUGUCGCGCUGACUGCUGUAAGUUUGAGAUAGACGGAGUACAGGUUGGUUGGAUCCCUCCGCAUGUAGCCUCGCUGUUGACACGGUAUCCAGAAGUUUUUUGUCCGCCACGCGAUGGUGCAGUGUCACUGUGUCACAGUCUGGACACAUACGAGAGGAGAUCUAAGGCUGUGGACGCUGUCCUGCAAACUCUCAGACAGAACGGCUCUCUGACUUGCCUUAAAGGGUGGAGAGAUGAGAAAUUCAGUGUGAUGCCAAAAUUCUCAGACCCUCCUUUAUUGUGGAUGGAAAGAGCAGCUACAAGUCUUUUUGGGAUAAAGCGGUUUGGAGUCCAUAUCAAUGGUUACACUGUAAGUGACAGUGGGGAAGUCAGCAUGUGGUUGGCACGACGCUCCCCAACUAAGCAGACAUACCCUGGACUACUCGAUAAUGUGGCAGCAGGUGGUCUGGCUGCUGGUGUUGGCAUCAAACACACUCUUGUAAAAGAAUGUCAGGAGGAAGCAUGUAUCCCAGCAGCCAUUGCUGAGAAGGCUCAGCCUGUAACCACUGUAAGCUACACCUACGAGGAUGAAGAGGGAGUGUUCGUAGAAAGUCAGUUUGUCUUUGAUUUGGAGCUUCCUCUCGAGUUCAAACCCAGAGUAGGGGAUGGGGAGGUGCAAGAUUUCUACCUCUUGCCUAUUGAUAAGGUGAAAGAACUGCUGGCCAGCGAUGAUUUCAAACCCAACUCUGCUAUGGUGGUCUUGGACUUCCUCAUUAGACACUCAUUUAUUGAGCCUGACACAGAGCCAUUCUAUCAGGAAUUUGUGGCAGGACUCCAUCAGACUUUAUAGAGUGAAGCUGAGGACUGAACCUAUUGUCAGAGGGCAAGACACCACGAGCUCUUACAUUAUUUACAUUUAUGGCAGCAAAUUGCCUCACAGAAAUCAAGCUAAGUGUUGUGUUCUCAGUUUUUGCUUUGAGAGAACAUCCAUCUGGAUUUGGAUUUGGUACUGACUUUUAACAGGGUGAUCCUGUCAUCUCCAAAUCUUUUGCUGUGCAAAGAUAGACAUCAGACUGUCUAAACUGUCCAAUUUUUGACUGUCUUAUGAAGUGUGAGUAAAUAGGGAUUUUUUUUAAACUAAAAUUUUGCAAUAUAGAACAUUUUAAAAUAUGAAUAGAAUUAGUCCUAUGUACAGGUGCCCAGUUACUCAUAAUAACUCCUGUAUAACUUCAUAUGUCAACAAAAUGAUCAUAUAAAAACAGAGACAUGAAUACAAUGUACGUCAAAAUGCUCACCUAACUUCUGGCUCAUUUCCCUAUGUGUAUUUAUGAUUUGUAACAUGUUUAUAACUCAUUAACUAGACUAUCCAUCUUAAUGAGCUUACAUACAGUUAAUCAGUGUGCAAGUCUGAGAAAUUUAAUAUUUUAAUUAAUGUUAUGCUGUAUUCAGUUGAUGAGUUAAGAUAUACAAUGGGCAU